CCUCACUCAAUGGCGCUCGUCAUCGUCUCGGGCCUACCGUGUGCUGGCCGCUCCCGCCGCGCACAGGAGCUGCGGCUGGCCUUCGAGAGUCGCAUCUCGUCCUCGUCCUCCUUCUCUGCUUCCUCCUCAAGCAGCGCCAGUGCUCUGCGGCGCGUCGUCGUGCUGACCGACGACGACAUCUCCAACACGCGCACCGUGUUCGACACGCAAGCCGCCGAGAAGCCGGCGCGCGCCGCCUACCUCUCGCUCGUCGUGCGGCAUCUGGCGCCCGACGCCCUCGUGCUGGCAGACGGCGGCGCAGGGACGAACAUCAAGGGCUUCCGCUACCAGCUCUGGUGUGCGGCGCGUGAGGCGGGCGUGCGAUGCAUCAGCGUGCUCGUGGCGACGCCGCCGGGGGAGUGUACGAGCAGGAACGAGAGGCGAAGACAGCGCGGCGAGGAGGCGUAUGCGGCAGAGACACUAAGGGAGCUGUUACUGCGCUUUGAAGAGCCAAGCUCGACGGUGCGGUGGGACUCGCCGCUGUUUGUGCUGCCCUCGGGCGGCGACGAGGAGGCUGCGUCGAGCAGCAACGCCAAUGCGCUAGGCGCAGACGCGGGGAAGGAUGCAGACAGUGCAAGCUCGAUACCGGAGAGAUCAGCUGCUGGCGCUGGGCUGCAGGCAUGGGAGCCUGCGCCGCUCGACGACAUCUGGGAGGCAGUGUCGAGCGGCAAGAGCGCAAAGGCGCCGUCGGUCGUUGCGCCACUGCGCUCCACGACGACCAACUACCUCUCCCUGCUCGAGUCUAGCACACAAGGCGUGCUCUCCUCGUUCUCCUCUGCGCUCUCCUCCUCUGCAGUCCCGGUACUGGGCGGCGUCGUGACGCUCUCGCUCUCCGGCGAUGCGCUGCCCCUCACUCUGCCGCCAGGCCGCGCUCCACCCACGCUGGCGGCACUGCAGCGGCUACGCCGCUCCUUUGUGCGUCUGCACUCGACGGGCGCCAGUGCGAUCAGCGCGAUUGGAGCGAUGGUGGAGCAGGAAGCCAACGCACGCGGCGGCGGCGGAGAGGCGGCGGUAGCGAGACGCUUUGUGCAAUACAUCGAGGAGACACUUCCGCGGUAGAUCAGCCUUGCUUGCAUCUGGCGAAGGACGGUGUCGAUCACUGGGGCCGCUAGCAGCCAUCACGCCGGACGCAGUCCGCGGUGAGGCGCGUCCGCCUGGCCUCUGCCUCAGGCUCAGGCUCAGACUCGACUCUGACUUCUGCUUAGGGACUGCGCCCGCUCGCUCUGAAAAGCA